AGGGCCUGUGGCGCGGAAACGCGAGCCGGGCCUCGUGACGGCGGGCGGCACUCUGGCUUCCCUAGAGCCGUCUCUAUGGUAUUCUCCCCAGCGCCCCCAGCCCCCCAGGAUAGCGGCACGUGACCGGCCCGGGACUACGGCAGGUUCCCACGUGAUCCUGGCCUGCAGUAGCGUGGCUGCGGUGAGGCUUCUGCGCUCCUGAAGGGCGGGCGCAGAAGUCAAGGCGGCCUCAGGCGGAUUCUCACUGGUGGCGAGGUUGGGAAGAGCCCCCAGGCGGUGACCGCUUUGCUUCUGCAGCUCGGGUCAGCUCGUUCCGUUAGCUCAGCCUUCGCGGGCUGCGCUGAGGUGGACCAAGUUCCCUUUGGGUCUGGAGCCCUUGGGGAGUGAGGCCCCAACUCGGGAGCAACUCCUCAGCCACCUUGCCCUCCCUCCCCUCCAUCUCUUCUUCGCACGCCGCGAGUCGCUGGUCCCUGUGGGCUGGCCUGCUCGGCCGUGCCGGAGACUAAGUUCGGGGCGGUAAGGGUAACUGUGGGAAACGCGGCCCCCCAGUGGACAAAGGCGGUGGCAGGGCUAGAGCAGGCCCAGGGCCGUGGGCAGUGAGCAGAGGCAGUUGAGGAGGUGAGCCGGAAGACAAGAGUACUGCGCAUUUAGAAGGCACUGUGAAGGACUUGUUGCGCGAUGGAAGAAUCUGACUCCGAGAAAAAGACGGAGAAAGAGGAUCUGGGCCCAAGAGUGGAGCCUCCACUCGGGGAACCGGAAGGAUCGCUUGGGUGGGCAAUGCCAAACGCAACCAUGAAGAAAAAGGUGCUGUUAAUGGGUAAAAGUGGAUCUGGUAAGACCAGCAUGAGGUCUAUUAUCUUUGCCAAUUAUAUUGCCAGAGACACACGUAGCCUUGGUGCAACAAUACUAGACCGUAUACAUAGUCUUCAAAUUAAUAGCAGUUUGAGCACCUACUCUCUCGUAGACUCUGUUGGAAAUACAAAGACAUUUGAUGUAGAGCAUUCUCAUGUUCGAUUUCUGGGAAACCUGGUUUUGAACCUGUGGGAUUGUGGUGGACAAGACACCUUCAUGGAAAAUUAUUUCACUAGCCAGCGUGACAACAUCUUUCGAAAUGUGGAGGUUCUAAUUUAUGUCUUUGAUGUGGAGAGCCGUGAACUUGAAAAGGACAUGCACUAUUACCAGUCAUGCCUUGAGGCCAUUCUGCAGAAUUCUCCAGAAGCCAAAAUCUUUUGCUUGGUACACAAAAUGGAUCUGGUACAGGAGGAUCAACGAGACUUGAUUUUUAAAGAAAGAGAAGAAGACUUAAGGCGUUUAUCUCGUCCAUUAGAAUGUUCUUGUUUCCGAACAUCUAUCUGGGAUGAAACUCUGUAUAAGGCUUGGUCCAGUAUUGUUUAUCAGCUGAUUCCUAAUGUUCAGCAACUGGAAAUGAACCUGCGAAAUUUUGCUGAAAUUAUUGAGGCUGAUGAAGUACUUCUGUUUGAGAGAGCUACCUUUCUGGUCAUUUCUCAUUAUCAGUGUAAAGAACAGCGUGAUGCCCACAGAUUUGAGAAAAUCAGCAACAUUAUUAAACAGUUCAAGCUGAGCUGUAGCAAGCUGGCUGCCUCUUUCCAGAGUAUGGAAGUGAGGAACUCUAACUUUGCUGCUUUCAUUGACAUAUUCACAUCCAACACUUACGUCAUGGUCGUGAUGUCUGAUCCAUCCAUUCCUUCUGCAGCUACUCUGAUCAACAUCCGCAAUGCCAGGAAACACUUUGAAAAGCUGGAAAGAGUGGAUGGACCAAAACAGUGUCUUCUCAUGCGCUAAGCAUUGCCGAAUAUUGUUUCCCACACUAAAAUUGAAACACUGUUUCUUAAUUUUAUUGUUGUAUUCAUAAAUGUAGACUCUAAAAUAUUGUGAUGCUUAACACUUCUGUAUUUCUUCUCUACUCCCCAGUCUUAUCAUUUAACUUUGAAUGCUAUUUAUUCAAAUAGCCAGUGAGGAGUUAGAAGAUGGGGUGUCCAUGAAGUUGGUGUAACAUAUAUGUAGGUGAUAUAUGUAAGUGUUCUGAUAACAUGAUUCUAAUGGUGUUUGUGUUCCGAUAACCUGCUUUAAAUAGUGUAUGCCAAAGUCCUUCCCAGCAUCCUCUUGUAUUCAUUAUCAAAUAUAUACAUGUAAGUUUGAAGUAUUACUGUUUUUCUCAGCAUGCAUUAAAAAUAUUCUGUGACUCAGCCAGGCAUGGUAGCUCAUGCCUAUAAUCCCAGCAUUUGGGAAGUAGAGACAAGAGGAUUGCUGCAAGUUUGAGGCCAGUUUGUCUGCAUAGGGAGGACUAGACCAGCCAGGGAUAUAUCUCAAGAUCUUGUCUCAAAAAAUCAUAUAUAUAUAUAUGUGUGUGUGUGUAUGUAUAUACACACACAUAUAUAAAUAUAUGUAUUCCUUAACUUGGAUUGUAAAUAAAUGUUUGCUGUUAGGGAUUUCAGUGUCUGUGUUUCUUUUUCUCAUAUCUUGAAUUUUGCACUAAGAGUUUAAAGUUUCAUUUAUUCUAGAGAAGAGAAUUUGCUUAUUGGAAAAAAGUUUAAAAUAAAAUUGACAAUGUAGCCAGAAUUUUAGCACUAAGUACUAGAAAAGACUUUAAAUAUCUGAUAUCUGUGAUAUAUGAAUUUUAUAGUAAAAUGAAAAACACAAAAAGCUACUGCACAGAAUAAUUAUGUGAAAUCAAUAUUUAAAAAAUAACUUAUCUAUACCUUAUGGAUUGACAGCAGCUGGAAAAUCUAUGUUAGUAAUCCUGGCCUGAUCUUGAUUGAAAAUUUCCAGUGCUGUUAUAACUGGUAAAAUCCCUGACUGCCAGGACAAUUUUGCAAUAUUUAAGUUUUCCCUUAACUGCUAUUGUGAAGGAUUAUAGUCUCUGUUUCCCUAGAGCCCUUGUAAAGGGGGGGGAUGCCUAACUGUUUUAGGUCUCCAAAAACAGUACUUUGCAAAACAGAGCUUUAUGGUUUCCUACUUAAAUUCCUGACUUCUCUUUGAAGCAGGAAUGCUUACUAACAAAAUUGCAAGCCUUAUUAUUUUAGUCAGAAAUUUAGUCCACAAUUUAUUAUGAUUCAAAUAAUACCUUCAGAGCCUGAGACACAGGGGUCAACCAAACAAACCCCUUGAACUCAUGGGCUCUUUAUUUAAAUAAAAGAAAUGGACAGUAACCAAUUAUGUAUGUUUUAUUGGGAGACAAAUGUACUAUGAAGAAAAUUACAACAGUGUUGGAGGAAGGCAUUGAGGUAGGCAGUACUUCUAAUUCCUUGAAUUUGUCCAUAUAUUACCUAGCAAGGAGAAAUUAAUGUUACCUACAUAAUUAAAGCUACUGAUCAGCUGCCUUUCAAUGAAGUAAGAUUUUCCUGCAUGAUCCAUGUAGCUCCACAUAUAAGGACACUUUAAAUUUGGAUGAGGAAGACAGGACAAUCAGUACCAAAAGAGACUGUGAGAAAGACUAAAAAUCACUGUUAAAAAUGGAAGCAGGUGGCCACUAGGAAUUUGACCAUGCACCAGUGAUAUAUGAACAACACAAAAUAGAUUUGUUUUUUCCUAGAGGCAGGGUAAGAGGUGGGGGUGGGGGACAGACAUGGGAAGACAGGGAGGUGAGCACCAUUGGUGUGUAUAAUGUGAGAUUCCCAAAUAAUCAUUAAAAAAUUUUAAAAGGUGAAAGCAGGUCGCCACAAGCCUAUUGUGGAACCACUAGGAACUGACAGGGAUGAAGUGGCUUCUAGAACCCCAGCUGCCUUAAGAAGAAAAUAGCCAUAUUGACACCUGGAGUUUAGCCCUAUGAAACAAAUCGUUCUUUUGACCUCUAAAACUAUAAUAAAUUUCUAUUACUUCAAGCUACCAAAUUCCUGAUAACCCGUUAAAGCAAUAAAUGAAAAUAUAUUGGGCCUUCUCAAGAGAAAAAGAGGUGGGAUGUCUUGGGUAUGUGUGUGCAUGCUGGCGCUUGUGCGCAUGAGUGCGUAAAUAUAGGGGUUGGCUCAUGUGAUUAUGGAAAUCUGAGAAAUCCCAGUGAUCUGUAGUUGGCAAAUGAGACACAGAAUAGCCAACCAGUCAUGUCUCAGUCUGAGUUCACAUGUAUCAAGGAUCUUGGUCUGGACUCUUUUUAUCUCCCAGACCCUUGUGAUCUCCAUCAAACGAAUUCAGGCAAAACACAAAGUGUAGUGUCAAAGUCAGACAAGACAAAGUUAGUUUAGAGUAUACAGUCAUGGGGCAGGGACAAACAAUGGCCAGGGAGACUGGCCUUGAUAUGCAAUUUAGGCAGAUGAAAUACUAUAUUUUAAGUGUUUCUCUAGAAUAAGUGGCUAUUCCUGAGGGACUUUGUCCUGUCCAAGUGACUGAUAGACUUGUUUGGGUUAUAUACUAGUUGCUUUUUCAUUGCUGUGAUAAAAUACCAUGACCAAGGUAAUUUAUAGAAGGAAGCAUUUUAUUUUCUUGACUUUAUGACUAUCAUGGUAGGACAGCAUGGACAGCAAGCAACAUGCAUGUUGAAUGGAGCAGCACCUGAGAGCCUCAAAGCACCUCCUCCUAAUCUUUCCCAACAAUUCCACCAACUGGGGACUAAGUGUUCAAGCAUGAGCCUAUAAGGGCCAUUCUCAUUCAAACCACCACAGCUUAUGUCUUACUAGACGGGAAUGACACAUCCUUCUUUAUCAGUAAUCACAUAAGGUUCAGGGGUCCUGGCACCAGGUUUAAAAAGUUAUCUGUUUAACUUUUUAUGCAGUGAGGGAUAUGACUUGGAUCCAAUUUUCCUGACAACUAUUAAAAUCCUGAUAAUUUUUCUGGAUAUUUUAUUUUUCAAGUUGUUGACUAUGAAGAAGGGGUCCAACAUAAAAGUCCUUUGAGACUCAAAUACCUAACCUCCUGUCUAAUACAAAAGCUAGGGAAACAACAGGAUUGGUUGUGUAAGAUCUAGUCCAAAUGCUGGCAAAUGUAAAUACUGGCCCAAGAAAGCCAGUGUUGUGUAAAACAGGAAGAGAAAGGAUGGCUAUCCCCACUUAGGUCAGUCAGGCCAGUCUCUUGCUGCCAGAAGGAUCAUCCCAUAUUUUGUGUUCAUCUUCAUCAGAUGAGGCUCACCCACAUUAGAGAGCCAAUCUGCUUUAUUCGGUUUACCAAUUCAACUGUUAUUUUAACACAAAAACAGGGUCGUGGACAUGAUAUAUUUGUACACCUUAUGUCCAUUCGAGUUGACAGAAACAAAUAACAGGGAUGCAUUCCGUUAGGGAAAGCAGAAUUAACCUCCUUGAUGAAAUGAUAUUUGAAUAAAGAUGUUCCUUAGGGAAGCAUUAUCCAGGCAGAGGGAAUAAUUAAGUAUAAGGUCUAUGUUUUGGGAGGAUUCUUGAAAUCCUAGUGGAGUAGCAGCAAGGUUAACAUAACUAAAUGGGAGAUGAGAAAAGUUAGAUGAGGCGGUAUGGUGAGCUUAUUUUAAAAUUGGGGGCAAGCAAGAUGGCCUGGCAGGUAAAGGCGCUUCCCAAACAAGCCUGGCAACCUGAGUUCAGUCCCCAGAACCCAGGUAAAGGGAGAGGGAGCAAACUGGCUCCACAAAGUUGUUCUCUGAUCUCCAUGAGUGACCAUCACAUGUGUGUGCACAAGCAUAUAUGAUAAAAUUUUCAAAUAGAAAAUAAAGUGGGUGAGAGAGAAGAGUAUCAGAGUUUUCCUCCUUCCUUCCUUCCUUCCUUCCUUCCUUCCUUCCUUCCUUCCUUCCUUCCUUCCUUCCUUCCUUCCUUCCUUCUUUCUUUCUUUCUUUCUUUCUUUCUUUCUUUCUUUCUUUCUUUCUGUUUUUCAAGUCAGGGUUUCUCUGUGUAGCAGCCCUCACUGUCCUGGAAUCAGCUCUGUAGAACAGGCUGGUUUAAGCUCACAGACGUCGACCUGCCUCUGCCUCCUGGAGUCCUAGGAGUAAAGUCGUGCACCACCACUGCAUGCUAGGUAACUGAAGAGUUUGAUGUUUAUUCCCAUUAAUGUUGGAAAGCCACUGGAAGGGUUUUAGGCUGAGGACUGAUAUACUUUCAAAAAAUGAUUGCUGCUAGAAAUCAGACUGGAGAUACAAGGAAUGAAGUGUAGACAUUUGUAGCAACAGAUAAGAAUCUGGAAUUUGGGGCCAGAAUAAUGAAAAUUCAAAGGGUUCUAGCUAGUUUCUUAAAGCCAAAAGGAGUUCUUAAUGAGGUGUGCCCAACAAGAAUCAGGUAAAAGCUGAGGUUUUUCAGCUUGAGCAACGAGGUUAAUAGAGGUGUCUGAGACCAAGUACCUGCAGGAGAACCCAGCUUGAAAAGGGAGUUGGGAACUGCAUUGUGCUAUGUCAGGCAUGAACAGAGACAUAGCUGCAUAUUCCAGUAUACCAGUCUUCACUCAGGUGACAUGAAGCCCAGACAUUCACAUUUAGUCUUGAACCAAGUAAACAGUGAGUAGAGGUAAAAGGAAUUAGGAAGAUAUUUAAAAUAGUAGCUCCUGAAAAAUGGAAAUGACUUCUCAUGGGCAUUGUGAUAGAUGGUUAAAGGGUCUUAGUGUGACUCUUCAAUGGAAAGUAAACAGGCCAAGAGAGCAAGCUUCCAUCUUCCAUGUCCUUGGCAUAGGCUGCCAGAAGAAGACAUAUCCCAGAUUAAAGUUGGAUCUUCCUACCUCAGAAGAUCUGAAUUAAAAGUGGGUCUUGCCAUUUCAAAUGAUUUAAUUAAGAAAAAAUUCCCCAUUGGACAGUGGUGGCUCAUACCUUUAAUCCAAGCACUCCGGAAACCAAGGCAGGUAGAUCUCUAUGAGCUUGAGGCCAGCCUGGUCUACAUAAAGAGUGAGUUCCAGGUUAGCCAGGCAUACACAAAUAAACCCUGUCACAAAAAAAGAAAGAAAUCCCUCAUAGGUUUAUCCAGCCACGUGGGUUUUAGUUAAUUCCAGAUAGAGUCAAGUUAACAACCAAAAAGUAAGCCAUCAAAAUCCAACCCGUGUCAACUUGAUACACAAUCAUCUCCUUAUGCCAUGCUUUAUUUACAAAUGAAAACAUUAACUAGGUCAUAAUUGUGCCUAGCAUGAUAAAACUAUCUCAUACAAUUGUUAAUACAUUAUAUAUCUAACCAGAUCAUAAUUAUGCCUAGCAUGAUAAAACUAUCUCAUGUAUAAUUGUUAAUUAACAUGAUAAAACUAUCUCAUGUGCAGUUAUCAAUGCAUUAUAUAUUUAACCAGGUCAUAAUUAUGCCUAACAUUAUAUCCCUCAUACAACCCCAAAUGAAUUGUAAAUUUUAGGAUAAGUGACAAUGUCCCUUAAGGGACAUUCUUUUUAAAUAUAAUAACCACUGAUACUCUCUUAAUUGAUAACAGACUGCUGCUGUGCACAUCCUAUUUCGUGACUUGGUGGUCAGAUAACACCCAGCUCACGUUGAGCAGCUCAGGUCUCAUGGUAACUUGGUGGUCCAUUGUCAAACAUUCAGUUUCCACUGAGGAAAAAUAACAGGUCAAGAACUGUCUCUCAAAGGGAGAAGAGUUGUCUUCAGAGAUGGCAGAGCAUUGCUCCCAAAUCCCAAAGGUCUCUCCUGUGAUUCACCUGUAAGGGCCUGCCAAACGCUCCAAACAGCUUCCCAAUAUACCACUAACAGCUUAUGUUCCUUCGGAUUUGCCAGAUCUUAUGCCCCAAGUGCUAGAGCGGCCUGCACAACAGCCUGGACCUGUUGAAGAGCCUUCUGUUCCAGGCUACACACAAUGAUAGCAGUUUUGCAAGUCACUUGGUUAUGGGCCAGAGUAACAAACACCCCAGUGAGGAAUGUGCUGCCUCCAGAAUUUAAAUAGGCCCAGUAAGUGUUAUGCUUCUUUCUUGGUGGUGGGAGGGGCCAUCCUUUCCACCUUAGAAGGAACAUCUCUGCAUGUCCCAUAUUGCUGCACUCCAAAGAAUUUCAUUGAGAUAGAAGGCCCUUGAAUUUUAGUUGGAUUAUUUCCCAUCCUCUGAUGCAUGUAUUUGUUACCAACAACUCCAUAGCACUUGCUCCCUCCUGCUCACUUGGUCUAAUUGGCAAAAUGUCGACAAUAUGGUGAACCAAUGUGAUGCUUUGUGGAAAAGAUAGACAAUCAAUAUCCCUUUGAACUAAGUUGUAACACAGCUGGAAAGUUGAUAUAUCAUUGACAUAAAACUUUGCAGUUUUAUAUUGCUGGCCUUGCCAACAGAAAGCAGAUUGCCUCUGGUGGUCCUUAUGAACACGUACCAGAAAAGAGCAUUUAUUGAUGAAUAGCUGCAUACCAUGUACCAGGACAUGUGUUAAUCUGCUCAGGUAAGGACACCACAUCUGGUACUGCAGCUGCAAUUGGAGUCACUACCUGAUUGAGUUUUCAACAAUCAACUGUCAUUCUCCACGAUCCAUCUGUCUUCUGCACUGGCCGGGUAGGAGAGUUAAAGGGAGAUGUGGGGGGAACCACCACCCCUGCAUCUUUCAAGUCCUUGGUGGUGGCACUGAUCUCUGCAGUUCCUCUGGGGAUAUCAUAUUAAUUUUGAUUCACGAUUUUCUCUGGCAGAGGCAACUCUAAAGGCUUCCCUUUAGCCUUUCCAACUCUAAUAGCCCUCACUCCACAGUCAAGGAACCAGUGCCAACUUCUAAGUAUAUCUGUCUCAAUUACACAUUAUAAGACUGAGGAAGCAACCACAGGAUGAGUUCUGGAAACCUUUCGACCCACUGUAAGAUUGACUUCAGCCAAAUCUUCAUUAAUCAAUCACCUGACCUCCACAAUCCCUUAUGUUAAGUGGAGGGCCACAGUGUUUCUUGGGGUCUCCCGGAAUUUGUCAAUUUAUAAUCAGUAUCCAACAGAUACCGGAAAGUCUGAUUGUUUCUUUUCCCCCAUUGUACAGUUAUAUUUUGUAAAAGGCCAUAAGUUAUUUGGGAAAGGACUGGAGAAAGGCUAACAGUUAAACUCAAACAGAGUUGAUCAAGCUCCUACGUCAGGAGAACCUAGCCAUCCCUUCAUUCAAGGGAUUCUGGGUCUCCAAACUGGCUCAAGUCUUGAAAUUGGGUUACAGUCUGAGAUUCCCUUUUGCCACAAUCCAAUGGAACGUUUCUCGUUUGAGAGUUUUCCCCACUUAUACAGAUCAAACAAAAAUGCAGAAUGCCUAUGUAUUUCAUGUCUGGAAACACCAUGAUUGAUUAGCCAGUACCAAAGGUAUAUAUAUGGGUCACGCCUCCAAAAAAAAACCACAUUGCCUAUGUCAGGUUAUUAUGGACAUUGCAUUGUCUAUGCUGCCCAUUACAAUAACUAUGAUCACCUUGUCUCUGGAAAUUCAAUACUGCCACCUGGCCCCUGCUACUUCAGGGCCCAACUAAACUCAUUGCAUUUAAUUCAUUCAGCUGAGCAGCAGCAUAUCCAGCCCUAACUAAGGUCUGGCAAAAGGAAAACAGUGACAGCGAAGGUCUUCAGAUGUUUUGGUACCCCCUCACCAUUUUGCGUCAUGCAGGAUUCAUGAAGGCCAUAUCUUCUGGGCCUUCUUCCCAUUGUGAAGAUUGAGCUUUACAAAGCGUACCAAUACUACGAUUGCAAUUUCCCUGAGUCUUAAAAUCCUUUCAUCAACAUUAAACCAAGGGAUACCGGGCAUCUCCAACUCCUUUUCAGUAGGUCAUCUUUUGACAAUAGCUUCAGCCAACCAAUCAAAUGCUGGCAUCUUUAUUUUUAACUAUUUAAGUUUCUAUAUUAGACCUGGAAUCUCCACUCAGUAGCCCCUUAUCAAUAAACUCAGCCUGAUCUAGUUUUAUAUUCCUUCCACUAUU